UUCCAGCGGAAUACCAAGAUGGCAGAUAACAAGGAAGGUGCACAGACUGAAAUGGAAGAAGAAGUUAUACGAAAGUGCACUGAUAAUUUCGCAGAAUACUUUCAAGUUGAUAUAAGCGAUGAGACUAAAACCAUAGAAGAUAAUAUUGAAGAUCUAUUAGCAAGUCUUGACGAAUUUUCUCACCUUGCUGACACGAUAAGAAAUGAUUCUUCUCAAAUUCUUUUUUUGUUGUUGCCUGAAUUGUGUGCAAAAUGCCAGUCAUUGCCAACUGUUUUCAAUAGAAUUGAUCAACUUGAGGUUUUCAUUGACAAAGUAAAACAGUGUGUCCUGGAAUUAGAAAAUUUAGUUGAUACAGCUGAGCAAGACUUGGGCAGCAAUUCUAUCCAGAAAGUUCUGAAUUCAAUUCCUUACCUUGGUCUUAUCCAGAAAAAAACAGCUCCAUCCGUUGAGUCUGAAAAAGGAGAGUUUAAGCUGCCAACCCUGUAUAAAACAUCAGACUAUUUCAAACCCAUUCCAAAAGAGAAAUCAUUAGAUAGUGAGGGAAUAGUGACCCAGCUUGAAGUUGAUUUACAAAAAUAGUAAAAAAAUGCAUGGAAACAAAUAAAAAAACAACAUAGUGAAAUAUUCAAUUGGUAUAGAUAAUAGAAGAAUCAAUAAUUAUGUCCAUUCAAAAACAGCUCAUGUGGAAUGGAUUAUAUAUAUAAUUAGUGUCAACUUAAAAGUAUGGGAUAUGAGGUGUUUUAUUUGUCAGMUAUUUCAUAUAAGUACUUCUUUUAGUUUCAAUUGUCGAAGGAAUAACCUUUUGUCAGCACGAAUUAUUUCUGCCUGAAUGAUUUGUAAUAAUUAUGCAUAAUAAAAUAUUUAUGUUAUUGCAUGAAAA